GCUUGUCAUCGUCGUUCUUCCCCUCUCUUCCCCCCCCCCCUCUCCUUCAUCCGCCUCCACACACCCACUUCACACCUUUCUCUCUUCCGCCUCUGAAUUCACUACAAAUACACUACGCUGUGAUCACUUCCGGACCAAGCAAGUCGUUGGUCUCCAAUGCGGCUCCCGUCAUGUCGCUCAAUGGGCUCGAUCAUCCCACCGUCAUCGAAGCCUAUCAAACCGCUUUGACCGAGGCCGGCGGAUGGUUUCUGCUUCGGUAUGUAUCAAGGGAUGAGGUAGCUCUUCUCGAGCGAGGGACAGGUGGGGUCCCUGAUGUGCGCAAUGCAAUCGAAGGUUAUGAAGAGACGUCACCGCUCUAUGGCUUUCUCCAAUACCGCCGGCGAAAGGUCGUGCUCAGCUACUUGCCCGAUGGCAUGUCUCGGCUGCUUCAAGGUGCGCGACUUUCGUCAGUCCUUCGGCCUUGAUUUCCCCUCACGCUGACGCAAUCGUCACCCUUUCAGCUCGAACGACGGUACAAUUCCAGUCCAUAUUAGACAAGUUCUCACCGCAUGAUACGGUCUUCUCGGUGAA